AUGGAAUCACAUCAAAAUGCCACUGAAUUGGGCUUUCUGCCAUCGGUACGUGCUGAUGAAUUGGGCUUCCUGCCAGCGAUUCUUGCUGGUGUGGCUGACUUUGCAUUAUUUCUACUAACUGUUGUUCCUGCCUAUGAGAAACAUCAACCUCAUUAUCUGAUAUAUUUACGUCAUCAUCAUCAGAUACCUCUGCAUUCGGCUCAACCUGAAACAUUUGAAAUUGUCCAAAACACAAUUGCCAAGCAGCUAUCGGUUGAUGUGAAUACUGUGACACGCCACACCAGGUUUGCUAAUUUGGGUCCUGAUUCUCUUGACACCGUGGAAAUAAUGAUGGCUCUAGAAGAGAAAUUGGGAGAGUCAAUUGGAGAAGGAGGAGCUCAGAACAUUGCCACUGUCCAAGAUGCUGCCGAUCUCAUUGAAAAAGUGAAGGAAAUUGCAGCUUGAUAUGAUGCGCUUCCAAUCAUAUAUCUGAAAUGAUCAAUUUGAGUCCAGACAUAAUUAGCUGUGAAAUUUACCAUCCUAUUUUAAU